AAUGUCCCCCCGGCAGGGGUCUCGGGGAGGUGGCGGAGGUGAAUCUUAUAUCCUGAGCCCCUCAGCUACGUGGGGCAGUGGAAGCCCAGAGGAAGGAUUCUUUUUUCCUCCACAACUUUUGUUUUAGUGUGCAAAGUUUCUCCUCUUCUGCAACAUGUCAGGAAAACCCAAGAUCUAUCAAGGUGUCCGUGUCAAGAUCACCGUGAAAGAACUUCUGCAGCAGAGGAGAGCCAAACAGGCUGUGCCCGAGGAAGCUGUGUCCAGCGAUGGCAGUGUCCAGCUCACGGAAGCUUUCUCCCCUCCCUGUCCAGGAGCCUAUGUAGACUCUGUCUCUUCUUCAUCCUCCGGCUGUGUGCAACCGUGGCAGUUCCAGAGCUGCACUUCCUGUGAGGAGAUCCCCAGCUUCCUGGAGCAGCUUGUUGACUCCUGCCUUCAGACAGAGAUGCCGUUCGACACAUCCACUGGGGCUGCUCAAGACAGUUUGCAUGGUUUUCCUGACAUCUUCCAACCAGACUCUGCCUGCCUCAACCAAAGCCUGGGGCAUGCAUCUCUGGAUUCUUCGGAUCCUUCCAGUUCCUUUGACUGCAGCUAUUCCCCUCCUCAGCUUCCUUCGUUUACUCCACUGGGUUACAAUUCUUCUCCAUGCCUGGAUGUCAAGAGCUGCAUGUUUCCAUCAUCAGAGGGAAGUCCCUACCCACAGCCCCCCCACACCCACUACAACCACACCUCGUCCACAUGUUGCUGCACAUCUUGUGGCUCCCAGCGCUUAGACGCUUUCAGAGUCCCCGAAUAUUUCCCCUAUGCCAGCACAGACUGCCGGGAUUGCACUCCUUCCCUCUCUGUGGCCGAUGACUUCUUCCGAAUGGACAGGGCCUGGGACACCUGCUACAGUUAAUGCAGGUUGGAGUUGAAAUGCACAAGCUUCCUGGUUCCACAGAGUUCCUCUUCAGGCAGAAUGGACAAUGACCAGCGUUUGAAGUCUGUAUGGACAGCACUGUUUCAGAGGGUAACCAUAUUGGUCUACAGCAAUGUUCCCUGUAAACUGCGUGUGUGUGCAGCCGUUCAGCCACCGUAUUGCUUUUGUGCAGACAUGGGUCCGCUCUCUUGGGCUGCUCAGUUCCGUGCAUCUUUUUGGACUGCCAUGCAACACUGCAAUGCUUAGAGGGAGCAUUGAUCUGCAGUAGAAUCACAAAACAGCUAGAAAGUCAUGAAGUACUCUCUCUGUGUGUAUAUAUAAUGCUGCCAAGUCACAUCCAUCUCAUGGUGAUCCCAGCAAGAGUCUUCCAAAAGAGAAGCAGAGGUGGUUUGCCAUUGCGUUCCUCUGCAGAGUCUUCCUUGGUGGUCUCCCUCCCAAGUACUGACCCUGCUUAGCUUCCAAGAUCGAGCUACUCCAUACUGUCUUCCUUGGUAGCGCUUUAGAGACCAGCAAGAUUUUUUUUGGAGAAGGCUUUCAAGAGUCAAAGUUCCCUUUGCCAGAUGAGGGGAGCUUCGACUCUCAUAAACUUCUAUUCUGAAGUAGAAGCCUAUUCUGAAAUCUGAAACAAACCUUGUUGGUUUGUUAGGUCCUACUGGAUUUGACUCUAACUCUUCUAUAGACUAGACUGUGGGCACCAGGAAGCCAAGAAAAUCUGGAUUCCAUGAGCUGUACAAUAAAUCAUGCAAUUUUGUAUAAUCUAUUUUUUUUUAACAUACCGUGUUCUGUUUCUGAUCAUUCUGGAGAGGGGCAAAGGGAUAUGAAGAGCAGGGAAACCCAUUGGGUAUCUUCUUCAGCAAUUUUGCCAACUUCUGGAAUUUUACCAAGCACUUACAUCUUGCGUUUUUUAAGCAUACGAUACAGAAGCUUUUUUUUAAAAAAAUUAAAAACCUUGAGAUUCUUUGCUGUUACCUGAGCAUAAUUCCACAUUUCCCAAUAUUUCAAGGCAGGCAGGGAGUAAUGGGGGGGGGGGGGCACACAUAGUCUGCCUAUUAAGCAAAAUGGUUAUUCUCCAGUCAUUAGCUUUCGUUGUAUGUUAGAGCUGUAAUCGUUUUUUGCCUGCUUUUCAUUCAGCUGGAUGCAGAAUUUUGUGGAACUCAAAAGCUUGCCUACUAGCAGGAAGCACUUUACCUACGUCUUCUCUCCAUGCUUGAGUUCAGAUCAGAUAAGCGAGCGUUUCUCCUCUGCUUUCGCUACUUAACCCGCCCUGGGCCUUUUUCCGGUGGUGUUUUUACUGUGGGGUUCACAUAAGGGCUAUAAUACUUUUUAACCACAUCACAGUGUUUAUUUUCCAUCCAUUCUGUCACUUUCUUUGUUUUAAGAUUCCAUUAAAUGAACUUUGAC